AUGACGAUGAUACAAACUGAUCACCAUUCCGAUCAUCAAGAUUAUUUAUUUAAUGAUUUUAAGGAUUUUUAUUUAGAACAACAACAACAACAACAAUUAAAAGAGGGAAUAAUUAAUGAUAAUGAUCAUUCUCAACAUUCAGAUUCUCAUCAAUUCAUUCAACGAUGUGAAUUGAAUGAAAAAAGUUUGAGUCAAUUUAUGUUUUAUUCAUCAAGUUUAUCUGCUACUAAAAAGUAUGGACAUAAUAAGUGGAGUUUGAGAGUUAAUCCAUCAUCUGGUAAUUUACAUCCAUGUGAAGUUUAUUUAAUAUUAAAUUCUAAUAUUCAAGUUGACCAUUUAUCUAAAAAUGAUUCAAAUAAUACUUUUAAUAAUAAUUCUAAUAUUAAUAAUUCUAAUAUUAAUAAUUCUAAUUCUAAUAUUAAUAAUUCUAAUAUUAAUAAUUCUAAUGUUAAUGAUGAAGGUACAUUUAUUUAUUCAUAUCAACCUGAAGAUCAUUCACUUCAAUUGAGAUGUGAAUUUCCAAACUUUUCAUUUUUAUUUAAUCAACAAAGAUAUUUCUUUAUUUGUAUAAAUACUAUUAAUUAUAGAGAAACAUGGAAAUAUGGAAUUAGAAGUUAUAGAUAUUCACAAUUAGAUACUGGUCAUUUAAUUAAUUGUCUCAAAAUGAGUUCAAAUUUAUUGGGAUGGGAUUGUUUCAUGUUAAAUGAACAUUCUUCAAUUUCAAAUGAAUUUAUGGAAUAUUUAUUAGGAUUAGAUCAAUUUAAAGAAUUAAAUCAAAAUGAAUAUGGAAAGGAAUUUGAAAAAUUUGAAACUAUUCUAGUCAUUGAUACAAAACCACAAAUAUCAUUGAAAAGAGAUGAAUUAAUUAUUAAUGAUACAAUUCAAUUUAAUGAAAAUAUGAAUAUUACAAAUAUGGAAGAUUUAAAAUCUGGAAAAUUAAAUCGUAAAAGAUAUGGUACACCUAAUUUAUUAACAAAUGAACAUCAAGAAUGGCCACAAAUGGAACCAAUACCAAUUUUAUGUGAACAAGGAAAGAAAGAUGAUCAAAAAACACAACAAAACUUGGAGACAAUUUACAAAUUACAACCAAUUAAAUAUAUUGAACAACCUAAAAGUAAUUUAUUAGCACAUGAUAUUAUUAGGACAAGAAGAAGUGCUCAAAGUUUUGAUGGUAAAACUGCAAUUGAUAAUGUCAAUAAUUUUUAUUCAAUUUUGGAGAAAUUAUUACCAUCUAGAUAUCCUUCCUUAUGGAGAUGUUUAUCUCCUUUUGAUUCAGAAUUUAAAUCAAUUGGAAAGAAUGUUAAUUUAAUAUUAUUUGUACAUAGAGUGAGUGGAUUAGAGAAGGAGACUGAACCUCAUUUACCAUUUUAUAGAUUAAUGGAAGGUGAUUUGAAAAAGUUCUCAAAAUUAUCAUCUUGUGUUCAAGAUAUUGCAAGUGAUGGUUGUUUCAGUUUAUCAAUGAUUACUGGCAGAUUUUUAAAUAUUGAACACACUCAUUCAUUUAAAUAUCUUUAUCAAGAAGCAGGAUUUAUUGGACAAGUAUUAUAUUUGGAAGCUGAGAGAAUUGGAUUGAGAGGAACAGGAAUUGGUUGUUUCUUUGAUGAUACUAUUUUAGGUAAUUUACUUGAGAAGGAAUUACCAAUCGAUCCAACAGACACUGACAAUGAAAUUUCAAAUUAUCAAGAUUUGUAUCAUUUCACUAUUGGAAAACCUGUAGAAGAUAAGAGAAUUCAAAAUAUUCUACCUUAUUCACAAUCACGUGUAAAUCUAACACAGAAAAUUCAAUAA